GUGACGUCACCGCAGCCAGCCAAUGGACGGGCGCCGCGGCGGAUUUCGAAUGUGGCGGCGGGAGGUGCGAGCGGAGGCGCUGGAGAAAGAAGAUGGCGAAGGAAAGGUGCCAGAAAAAGUCCUUUCAAGAUAGUCUUGAAGACAUAAAGAAGCGAAUGAAAGAGAAGAGGAAUAAAAACUUGGCAGAGCUUGGCAGACGCAAGUCCUUUAUAUCUGCACCAGGCCAAGGACCCACUAGCACUUCGGCACAGCUGGCAAAUUACCAGAACAACAAUAGGUUAUUGGUUUUAGCUUUGGAAAGUGAAAAGUCCAAAGUGAGGGAGGCCCAAGACACCAUCCUGCAACUGAGAAGAGAGUGUUACCUCCUCACCUGUCAGCUGUCCGCGCUGAAAGAGAAGCUCACCUCACAGCAGGCUAAAGGCACUGCACAGCACCAGGAAGCAUGUCUCCCAGGAAUGGACCCCAGUGUUGACGGCAACAGCAGGGAAUCACCUGGGAGUGACUUAUCGCAAGGUCCUCUUCAAGAAACUCACCUUUCAGAACAAGUACAGUCAUUUCAAAUAGAAGAGCCAAGUCCUAUCAUUUCUGCAGACACACUGGUUAGAGACUUUGAUUCAGAUGAAGUCAUGUCUGCUGAGGAUGUCUUGCCUAGAACCAUAUCUCUGCGUCGCCCGAAGAAACACGUCGGGGGUUUAAGUCAGUCCAGUGCCGUGGAGGACUGUGGGGCCAGCCAUCUGGCUGGGCAAUCUUCGGAACUGGAAAGAAUUGGACGUGGAGACCCCAUGGUGCACAUACCUGACAAAGUAAAACAGAAUGUUUAUCGCUGGAGCAAGGACUCCGUUAACUUAUCCCCUAGACCCGCUCAGCCAGGAACGCUUCCUAAAGCAAAGGAAAUUGUUCUAGAAUCUGCAUCAGAGCCGCAGAGAAGCAGGCAUACAAACACACAGGGAAGAAGAAAGGGAGCUGGGAAGAAGAGGAGGAGGAAGUCAAAGACAAAAGGGAACUGCAGGGAAUCUGAGCAAGACGCGCUCCCUCCGCGACCGAGACUGCGACCGCGGGCGGGCCGCGCCGCCCGCUCCUGUGAUGCCUACAACUUCAACCUGGAAGAGGGCGUCCAUCUCACCCCCUUCCGCCAGAAAGUGGACAGCGACUCUGCUGGGGGCACCAGCGGCAGUGAGGGUGACAGAAGUGACUCUGAGACCAGCACUUCCGAGGAUGACACCGACGACCUCUACGUGCCGUCCCGCAAGUACACUGAGGACUUCGCCAGCAAAGCGGACAGACCCGUGACCAGGCCCAGAUCCAAAAGGGGACCGCAGCGCAUGGAUGACAAGGCUGGGCAGGGGCCACCUCCGUCGAGCCGGACCCCUGAGGGCACACCUCCAGAUGCUCACCAGUCACCUCGUACACUGAGCAACAUCGCCAAGGGCCUCUCGUUUUCUACAGUGGAAAUCAGGAAGCUUUCCCUUUCUCCAAAAAGGAAUGGAGAGAACCUGACGCCUCUGCGCAAGCCUAGGUGCGCUGCCAUCGUGAGCUGUGAGGAGCCCGGCCUGGCUUCGCAAGACCCUGUUCAAGAAACUCAUCUUCCAGAACAAAUAGAAUCAUUCCAAACAGAAGGCACACCUCCUGAAGCUCACCAGUCACCUCGUCAUAUACUGAAAGAUGUCACCAAUAACCUCUUACGUCCUACAGUGAAAACCAGGAAGCUUUCCCUUUCUCCACAGAGGAACAAAGAGAGCCCCCCCACGUCUCUGCCCAAGCGUAGGUGCACCACCAUCCUGAGCUACAAGGAGCCAACCCUGGCUUCGAAACUAAGAAGAGGAGACCCUUUCACAGACUUGUGUUUCCUGAAUUCUCCUAUUUUCAAGCAGAAAAAGGACUCCAGACAUUCUAAAAGAAAAAAAAGUACAAAGCAAUCCCAGUGAACCCUUUAUAAGAUGCUGUCGAAGUUGACCCUGUGAACCUGUGUCCUGAGAGACAGUGUGCGAAGGGGUAUGCUCACUGCCGUGGACCAUAAAUCCCAGUGUUGUGCACAACUGUGUUGUGGAACUGUUGGCAUUUGUUUGUUUGGUUUUGGUUUUUGGAGGUAGGGUCUCAUUCUAGCCCCGCUGACCUGGAAUUCACUAUGUGGUCUCAGGGUGAUCUCGAACUCGGCAAUCCUCCUACCUCUGCCUCCUGAGUGCUAGAACUAAAGACGUGCACCACCACACCCAGCAUUUCUUAUGCUGCCUGGACACAUGCAUUUUAUCCAAAAUAUGCCCUGGUACCAACAUUCUGACAUUGACAUGGCCACCUGGCUUUACUUUUCCCUUAAGUAGAAAAAAAGAACUUUUAAAGAUAGGAUGCAAGUCCUGGACUUUCAGCAUAGACGCACACCAUAUGGGGUUUGGGAGUCCUUUAUGCCACCUGUGUUUAGAUCUGCAGAUAAAACGUGUGGACUGUGACUAGAGAAGCUGCUUGCUUAGGCCCAAGGACUCGGUACAUGGCUAGAUAUGAAGUCUUAAGUGCUUUUUCACAGUGAUUCCUCAGCAAAAUCAUAAAUUAUUGUUUCAUGGACUUUAGGGGAGUGGUCAGAACUCUCAGAUGUUGAAAGUGUAAAUAGUAAGUCUUCUGUUUCUGGUCUACCAAUGAGAAGUGGCUGUCUACUCGUGCACACCUCUCUAAGUGACCAAUUUUAAAGAACAAUAAAAUUUGUAAACGUGCCACUGUGA